CCAACUCCCAUUGUGCGGCACAAGCACGGUAGUGUUUGGAGCAAACAGCAAACAGACUCGUCUGGAAUUUUGGCAUAACCAUUCCUUAGUAUAGAUCAAUUAUUGUACCACUGGCGCUGGGCCAUGGCUUCUAAUCGAAAUACUCCGCUAAUCUGGGGAUCAUAUUCGCGGAGAGGAGCAGCAGUAGGACAAGACGACUUAAACUCUGCCCUAGGUGGGAUAUAUAGAGCAUUAUAAAGGACAGGACCUCCCAUCUCUCUAUCUAAGAUCGUUCGGCCUCUACAUCCGGCCAUAACACGUUUCUCCAAGUCACUCAUUCAUAAUGGCCAUAUACUGGCUCUUGUCACUCGUUUGCCUACUGACACCCCUCUCAUCCGCCGCACAGGGCUAUUCAGGCGGCGGCAUCGUAGACGAAACGGUCACCGAGAGUGUCACUGAGACUGUCACCAAGUUUCUAUCGCAAUGCGGUUCCUCACCAGCUCCGUCUCACACUCCAGAUAUAACAAUUUCUGGCACCACUACGCACACAAGCACGCUCAAAGCAACCAUUUCUCUCACAGUACUAGCCAGCGUGACCAACAUCUCAGGAGCUGCUCCGGUAGAUUUUAGUUUAUCCGUAUCGGAUAACCUGUUUCCCACCCUGAAUCUAAGUCACCCGCCUCUUACGACGGCAAGCAGCUAUUCGGGGCUCAACUACUCUGUAACUCAUGCAAACACUACGAAGAUACCCUGUUCGACUUCGACUGUCCUGGUUCCAGUCCCUCUAGAGUCGUCAUCUCAUUCUACGCCCUGUACAACCUCUUUCCACAGCAUGUCUUCUACGACAGCAACAACCACACCGCCAACCCAGAUACCUAUCAGUGAAUCAACUAGAUUUAGGAGCAGCAUAGUCACGUGGGAGUUCCUGGGGGCCCUCUCUGUAUUCUAUAUGGUGAUCACGGGCUUUCUAUGAAAGAAGCCCAGCCGUAAUAUGAGACGGACAGGACUGAUUUGCUCAAGACUUGAUGUUCCCAAAGCCUCUGGGCAUUGCCUAUUACGAAUCUCGUCUAUGCUCUUUAGGGCGAUGUCUAUGUAAUAUCUGACGCAAUGACGACAGGCCUGAUACUGGGCCCGUAAGCUAAUUAAACACUGGUUUCGUUAGUAAAUAUUUUUCUAGGAAUUAGUUCUGCUAAUAGAGAA